UCUAACUACAACGCGUGUCAUCGACAACAUUGCUUGAGCACGUGCUGCGGAUAGUAGUCAGAGUAGUUCCAAAUUAGUGCCAGAAACACGACAAAUAUGGGCAGACCAGGAUUCUCACCAGGAAGCAGAGGGGGCUUCAGAGGGGGCGGAGACCGGGGAGGGCGUGGCGGUAGAGGGGGCUUUGGAAGCAGAGGAGGAGGCUUUGGUGGAGGACGAGGAGGAGGAGGUAGAGGAGGAGGUUUUGGUGGACGAGGUCGGGGUGGACCCAGAGGCAGGGGAGGAAGAGGAGGUCGAGGUGGCAUGAGAGGUGGCUUCAAGGUUGCUAUUGAGCCUCACAGACUUGAAGGUGUGUUCAUUGCCAGAGGCAAGGAGGAUGCACUGGUCACCAAGAACUUGGUGCCUGGGGAAUCAGUCUAUGGAGAGAAGAGAAUAAGCAUUGAGGAGGGCGAGAAGAAGUUAGAGUACCGAGCCUGGAACCCCUUCAGGUCGAAGCUAGCGGCGGCCAUCUUGGGAGGCGUCGAUCACAUUCACAUGAAGCCCGGCAGCAAGGUGCUGUACCUGGGUGCUGCGUCAGGAACAACGGUGUCUCACGUCUCGGACCUGGUUGGACCGGAAGGACUGGUGUACGCUGUGGAGUUCUCACACAGAUCAGGCCGUGAUCUCAUGAACGUAGCAAAGAAACGAACAAAUAUCAUUCCCAUCAUCGAGGACGCCAGACAUCCACAUAAGUACAGAAUGCUGGUCGGUAUGGUCGACUGUGUGUUUGCUGAUGUAGCCCAGCCAGACCAAGCCAGGAUCGUCGCUAUCAACGCCCACAACUUCCUCAAGAACGAAGGCCACUUUGUCAUCUCAAUUAAGGCAAACUGCAUCGACUCUACGGCCCAACCCGAGGCGGUGUUUGCGGGCGAGGUGAAGAAACUCAUAGCAGAGAAGCUCAAACCACAGGAACAGUUGACCCUUGAACCCUAUGAAAGAGAUCACGCCGUCGUAGUAGGAGUAUACAGAGCACCACCCAAGAAGAAGUGAAGGGAUCGUGAGGAAGAAUUUUUAUUAACGAAAGACUUUGACGGCCAAACCGGUAGCAGGUCAUUCCUACCAACCCCAACACACUGAAAGCUCCAGCUUACCAUGAAUAAACAACUUAAGACCCACUUCUGCAAAAUUGGACAACCUCCUUGGCCUGCAAGUUUAUAAACUUUAUAGACUUUACUCAGCGCAUGCUCUCGAUGCAUCAGGUCGUAGGGUUGGUGGACGCUGUAAAAACAGUUAUUCAUGAUCUUGUUACGUCCUAUUAUGGAACUAAUAGGACAAUGUUUGAUUUUGAUCUGGAUGGAGUGUGAAAUGCAAGAAACUGUUGAGCACAGCACUAUGAACUCCUUAUUCAACUAUAUUGUCCGUCUAUUGUAAAGUACCACUUAAGCUGUCCAUGUUUUUAAUGAUUAUAAUAUAAUUAUAAGAUGCUGCAGAUCCCCCCUUUCAAAAUGCAGUCUGCAAACUUUUAAUUUUUACAAUGUAAUUAUUGCUU